UAGACAACAGUUGUUUCCAAUGACUGUCUGUGUUCCUGAGGCAGUGAACUAUCUUGUGUGACCAUAGUCUUCGGAGCAGUGGUCACGUACCGGCCUGCCGACGUGGCGGGGCGGAAGAGGAGCCGCAGCCUGCUGGCACCACACAACCGGAUCACCAUGUCCCAGGCUGAUAUAGACCCCUUUGCUGACAUCAGCUCUCCCCCCACUGAGCCCCUUCACCCCGACCUUGGAUCCUGUCAGGAUGUCCCAGCAGCCUUUGCAUCGCCUCCAGCCUCUCUACAGCCUCCUCUGAUUCCUGAGAGUUUUAAUCUCCCGCGGUCCACCACUGAGGAGACGACCACAGAGGACAUGACCACCGAGACUAACCCUUCAGAGGGUCCGACCGAACAACCAGGGCCUGCUGCUGAGGGUCAGGUGAUCAUAUGUGACCAACCAGAACCCGCCGCUGAGGGUCAGGUGAUCUUGUGUGACCAACCAGUGAGCCUGGAGCCAGACGCAGAGGCUGUAAAGGAGGAUGUGGAGAGCUCACUGCAGGAGACAGAACAAGGUUGGGGAGUUUGGAGUUCAUGGGGAAAAUCUCUUAUUAACAGUGCCACCUCUUCAGUGGGUCAGAGCCUGACCUCGGUUAAAACCAAGGCAGGAGAAGCUCUGCGCCUCCACAAGACCUCAGUAGGAGAGGAGGCGCGAGAAGAGGAGGAUGCAGUGGAGGAACAGAAGAAAGAUGGAGGAGAAGGUGGAGAUACUGAGCUGUCCGUCUCUGCCGAGUCUCCUGUUAGUGCUGCAGCUCCUGGCAGGGGCGUCUUCUCUAGCAUCACACACGCUAUGCAGAACACAGGUAAGUCAGUGAUCAGUGGAGGUUUGGAUGCUUUGGAGUUCAUUGGAAAGAAGACCAUGACUGUUCUUGCUGAGAGUGACCCGGGUUUCAAAAAGACUAAGACCCUGAUGCAGAAGACGGUGUCACUGAGUCAGAUGUUAAAGGAAGCCAAAGAGAAAGAACGGGCCCGCCUGGGCAACCAGCCAAUCAGUGUGCCCACAGCUCACUAUGGUAUUCUGUUUGACGACUACCAGGGCUUGUCACAUCUCGAGGCCCUGGAGAUCCUGUCCAAUGAGAGCGAGGCCAAGGUCCAAGCCUUCCUCUCCUCCCUGGUGGAAGAGGAGCAGGACGAGGUAAAGAAGGAGCUGAUCGUCAUUAAGAAUAUCUUCAUCAAGCGAGAGGAAGGUGAGGAAGAGGAAAAACAGGAAGAAGAAAAAGAAGAAGAAGGAGGAGAGAUGAAGGAUAACGGUGUUCUGAGUUCCCAAUUACACUGUUCAACCCCCCUAUCGGCCGACGGAGAGGAGUUUUUGAGCGUCCUCACUGAGCUGCUGUUUGAACUUCAUGUUGCUGCAACACCAGACAAACUCAACAAGGCUCGAAUGAGGGCCCAGGAUUGGGUGAGCGAGGUGGAACAGCCUGUCACUACGGAGACGGUUGACAGGGAAACGCCACAGGACCAGCCAGCAGGAGAGGCCUUACCUGGAGAAAACGAAGAGGAGCAGGAGGAGAAGAAAGACGGAGAAGAGCAUGUGGAGAAGAAGAGCGAGGGGGAGGAGGUGGAGGGAGGAGAGGAGGAAAAGAAGGAGAAAGAGAACGACCCCAGAUCUGUAGAGGCUGUCUACCUGUCAUCAGUCAGCAGUCUUGCAGAAGUGACGGCUCGCAGUAUCGAGCAGCUCCACAAGGUGGCAGAGCUCAUCCUCCACGGCCAGGACCUGGAGAAACCAGCCAGAGACCAGGCACACAUCCUCACCAGGUUGACAUGUGCCAUGUGUAAGGAGGUGGAGUGUUUGGCCAAGAAGUUCUCUGAUACGCUGCUUCUUGUUGGGGGCCAAAGGAAAGCAGAGGAGCUGAAUCCGCUGGUAAACGAUGUGCUUUUAGAGGGCUCCAACAGUACCAACUACAUUGAGAAUGCAUUGCAGCUGCUGCUGCCCGUUCUGCAGAUCUCCCACAUCCAGAGCCAGCAAUGUCGCUCCAAUUCAGAACCAUCAGCGCAGACACAGCACUAACAGACACACACACACACACACACACACACACACACACACACACACACACACACACACACACACACACACACACACACACACACACACACACACACACACUCGCCAAAUGCUCACCUGCUCGCCUUAAUGUAUCUAUUGUUGUACAGAAAGUAUACAGAAUAGAUUAUGUCAGAUUAAGAGCUUUAAUCCACAUCCCAUGCCAUCGCUAAAGGCCAAAGAUGAUUUACACAUAUGUAAUAUAAUUUUGAAGAUAACAGUUUAACAAAAUAGACACUUGUAAAAAUUACCCAUGUUUGACGUUAUUUUGACUCAGCAUAUCUUUUUCUUUGAGGACACUAACUGACUUGUUCAGAGUUUAUUCAAGCAAAGCUACUACUCAAUCUGAAAAAACAAAUAUGUUUCUGUGUCGUCUCCAAAAACUGAACCAAAAGAAAACUGCAAAAUGCCAGUAUUAGUGAUUAUACACAACACAUUUAGCUUGUUUCUUUAUUUGUUUUUUGUAUGUUAAAUGAUAUGAAGUACCACUCUUAUUCGGUUAGAUUUGACACAGAUCUGUGCUUCACACUUUAAAUGAGAAAAUAUUAAGUUCUCCUGCGUUAUUUUCUAUACCUUAUUGUUAUACUAAAGAUGUAAUGUAAAUGAAUUCAUCUGUAAUUAUGUUUUGUUAUGCUGCUAUAUUUAGUAAUAGUUAUAUAGUACAAAUAGUUUGAGUUUCGACUUAUUGGGGAUUUUUGUUUAUUAGCUUUCUUGCCUCUUGAGAGUUAGCUGAGAGGUUCGAAACCACUCUCCUCAUCUGACUCUUAGAAAGAAAGAAAAAAAUGUCACUAAAAUGUUUACCCUUAUCUUAAUAACUAAAUGACACGACAUGACUACUGCUUGGUCCAAAUCUGAACAUCUUGAAGAAGACAUUAGCCAAAACAUUUGAAUUAAUCUUGUCCUCCUUGUCCACACUUCUGGCUCCCAGGAGGUAAACAUCUCAAACAGUUUCAAAAUUAUUAUUUUUCCCCUUUUACUUCAAAUGUAAAGUUUUAGCAGCCAUUCCAAGAUGCUCACGGCGCAUCCGUUCUUUAAUAUCCAGUGUUAAAUUGGCUCUUAGCUUCAAGCCAUUUCUCUUUUUCGGCUUCUUCCCUUUUUAGAGAUGCAUUGGAGGCACGAAAGACAUUAAGCAAAGAAAUGACUGUCGUAAUGUUUUAACUCUUUCAGCUUCAUCCAGAUGAGAUUAAGCUGUGCAACAGCCAUGCUUCUGCCUUAGAAUACAAAAUGAUUUGUAAUGUGAAAUGAAAAGUCAUUUAUUUAAGUUUGGAGAGUUUACUAAUAUAUUGUGAUUCCCUUCUAAUAAUAAUGCCAUUAGACUGUCAAAAAUAAAUGUUUAACUUCA